GGGAGCUUCCCUCAGGGUGCAGUGGGGCUGUGUUUUGUACCCCGGGGCGUCCAUCGCGACUCGGCUGGUUAGGCUCAGCAUGCCUGGCGUGAAGCUGACCACCCAGGCCUACUGCAAGAUGGUGCUACACGGCGCCAAGUACCCGCACUGCGCCGUCAAUGGGCUUCUGGUGGCCGAGAGACAGAGGCCGCGCAAGGAGCAUCCUCAGGGCGCGGGCAGCCACACUCUCUUCGUGGACUGCAUUCCGCUCUUCCACGGCACGCUGGCCCUGGCGCCCAUGCUGGAGGUGGCACUCACCCUGAUUGACUCAUGGUGCAAAGAGAACAGCUAUGUGAUUGCCGGCUAUUAUCAAGCUAAUGAGCGUGUGAAGGAUGCCAGCCCAAACCAGGUGGCAGAGAAGGUGGCUUCCAGGAUCGCUGAGGGCUUCAGUGACACGGCACUCAUCAUGGUGGACAAUGCCAAGUUCACGAUGGACUGUGCUGCACCUACGAUCCAUGUGUAUGAGCACCACGAGAACAGGUGGCGAUGCAGAGACCCACACCACGACUACUGUGAAGACUGGCCGGAAGCACAGAGAAUCUCGGCUUCACUUCUGGACAGCCGCUCCUAUGAAACACUCGUGGAUUUUGACAAUCACCUGGACGACAUUCGGAAUGACUGGACAAACCCUGAGAUCAACAAAGCAGUUCUGCACCUGUGCUAGAUGAGGGCCCCCAUGACUGGAGACUCGCCACUACAGAGAAGAGGAAAACAUAUUUUUUAAUUUGGAGGAAUUAAAUUUGGAGGCUAGCCUGAUGGGAAGCUGCAAGUCUGUGGUGUGUGCCUUGGAAGGGUGUCCAGCAGCAUCCUUCAGGGCAGGGCUGUGGAGAGGUGUGGGCUGCCUAGGCUCUGGGUUCUUGGUCCUGUGCUGCCCAAUCCUGCCCAUCAAAGCUCUUUUCUGCUUGUCCCAGAUUAUAUCCAUUAAACAGUUCUAGCCUUUUAUAAUCUGGAGAGAAUGCAGUUCAGUCUUUACUCUGGUGAAUGUCUGAGUCUUUACUUUGGCUGCCCCAGCUCCAGGCAUCCUGACAUGAGGCAACAUCACGGACUGCUGCAGCAGCAUCUCCU